UGUGUUUGUGCGGGUGUUUUAGCUAAAAAAUUUCAAAAGGUUACAAAAGGUUACAACUCUCGAAAGCCAGUGAAAGAGUGUCGAAGUUUUUGUUCGAUUUGUUUUGCGAGCCAACAAAGAAUUACUCUGGCAUGCGGCUGCUGUUGCCCCAACUGUUGCAUGCAACAUGGAUGGCGAAAAUCGGAUUAUACUCAAUGUGGGCGGAAUAAGAUAUGAAACCUACAAGGCAACGCUCAAGAAAAUACCCGCAACACGUUUAUCCCGACUGACCGAAGCCCUGGCCAACUACGAUCCGGUACUCAAUGAAUACUUCUUUGAUCGCCAUCCGGGUGUCUUCACCCAAAUCCUCAACUAUUACAGAACUGGCAAACUGCAUUAUCCCACGGAUGUGUGCGGUCCGCUUUUCGAGGAGGAGCUGGAAUUCUGGGGACUUGACUCCAACCAGGUAGAGCCCUGCUGUUGGUCAACCUAUAGCAUACAUCGCGAUACGCAAAACACCUUAGCCAUAUUAGAUAAGCUAGAUAUUGAAAAUGAGAAGCCCACAGAGGAUGAAAUAGCUCGACUAUUUGGCUUUGAGGAGGCGAUGAGCAACGGCGAGCUUAACUGCUGGCAGCGUCUGAAACCCAAGAUCUGGGCCAUGUUCGAUGAGCCCUCCAGCUCCACGGGUGCCAAGAUCGUUGCCGGCAUGUCGGUUUUCUUUAUAUUUGUUUCUGUGAUAUCCUUCUGCCUGAAAACCCACCCCGGCUUCCGUGUGGACCUGCCCAUCACCUUCAAUGGCACCUAUGUCACGGGAGCGGGUGGUCCGCCCCAUGGACAUGAUCCCAUGGGUGAGCCGCCGGCGCAGACGCAUCAGUAUCAUCAGCAUCAGCACAGCAUCACGCCGCCCAGCGGCAGCAUAGGGCCCACCUUUCGUGUCACGAACUACACGAGCUAUAGUAGCGCCAAUUUCACGCCACCUGGCCAGACCACGCCCAUUGCCACCAUUAAGGGCGGGCAGAGGCAACGUCUUCGAAGGAAUCUCAUUGAUGGCAAUGGAAGUAGCCUAAUUGGAGGACGUCGACAUGGCUGGAACGAGACUUAUGGUCAGCCACAUGAGGCCUUCUUCUACGUGGAGUUGGUGUGCAAUGUCUGGUUCUUCAUCGAGGUUAUCAUCAGACUGAUUGUGUCCCCCAAUCUGUGGCAGUUCAUUAAGUCACCGGUGAACAUCAUUGACUUCACUGCCACCCUGAGUUUCUACACGGAUGUGAUGCAAAGGAUGGGCGAGUACACGGGUCUCCUGGAGGCUUUCUCUAUUGUGAGGAUAAUGCGACUCUUCAAGCUGACGCGGCAUUCGCCGGGCUUAAGGAUCCUCAUACACAUUAAGGCCUCGGCCAAGGAGCUGACCUUACUGGUAUUCUUCCUCGUCCUUGGCAUCGUGUUCUUUGCCAGUCUGGCGUAUUACGCAGAGAAGUUGCAGGACAAUCCGGAUAACCAGUUCAAGAGCAUUCCUCUGGGCCUGUGGUGGGCCAUUGUGACCAUGACCACAGUGGGCUAUGGCGAUGUGGCUCCCAAGACUUAUCCGGGCAUGUUCGUAGGUGCCCUCUGUGCCCUGGCCGGUGUGCUUACCAUUGCCCUGCCCGUUCCCGUCAUCGUCAGCAACUUCUCCAUGUUCUACUCUCAUACUCAGGCUCGCUCCAAGCUGCCCAAGAAGCGACGACGCGUCCUGCCUGUGGAGCAACCACGUCGCAAGCGGGAACCCACUGCCCCCCAUCGUGGACGAGCGAAUGCUUUUAAACAGACGCCACCCACUGGGCCGGGAUUAGUAGCCGGGGGUGGUAAUCCGGCCGGAGCAGCGGGACUCGGAGGAGGAGGCGGUGGCGGUGGAGGAGGAGGAGGAGGAGGCGGUGGCCAUGCUAUGGGUCAUCCCGCUGCUGGGGCGCCCAUGUUUAAAGAUGCAUUCGGUGGAGCAAAAAUUGGCACCGCGAAUGUGAACGGCGUCAAUGUCAUUGGCCUGCAUCAUCCUGCGAGGACGACAACGACAACGACUUUGCUGCCAGAUCCAGAUCCCGAUCCAGAUCCGACGCCGCUGUCGACAAUGACCUACCAAGUGCCUAUGCAAGUGCUCCAGCCCCCGCCCACAGUCCACAGUCAUGGCCAUGCCCACGCCCAUGCCCACAGUCACAGUGGUGGGCAUGCCCACGCCCAUGGCCUUGGGCCCGCCGCGUCAUCGCUCACUGGCACGGCGGCAUCGGCAGCUGUUGUUGCCACUGCCACUGCCACGGCAGCCGCACCCGCCGCCGGUCCCGCGUUCAUCAGUUCGGACUACUUAAGCGUGCCGGCGGUGCAGAGCCUGCAGCCGCGGGCGGCGACGACUGGCCACGACUUCAUGCUGCCGCUCCAGCCGAAGCUCCUGGAGCGCAAGGAUCAGCAUCCGCUGCAGCUGACCGCUCACAAUCUGGCCACGGACACGCACCAGAUGAUGUAUCCACCUCAGGCGCCGGCGCACAAGGCACAGGUCCUUAGUCCGCCCACGUUGAGCAUGACCCACAGUCAGAUGCCGCCUGGUAUGGCCAGCAUGGGUCAACGCACUCCGAACCUCAGCUUCCGUGCCUCCCAUGGUGGUCAGUCCGCCCAGGUGGCCACGAUCCAGCAGCCCAUCCCUCAUGCCCAUGCCUGCCAUGCCGCCACGAACUGCAACAUCAAGAUCUCGGUGGCUCCAGAGGAGCUGCGUGGACCCAAGGUCACGUUGGUUGAUGAUCUCAGCGACGAGGUGUCCCCAUCCUCCACGGACGAUUGCGGAGACUGCUGCCUGGUGGAGGAUAGUGACACUUACGAUGGCGGUCCCACCAAUAAUGGAGUACCCUGUGGCCAGGAGAAUGGAACGAACAAUGGACUUCUCGACGGCGAGGAGGACGAAGAUGGUGAGGGAAGCUGUGUGGGCGGCGAUAGUGGGGAUAGUCUGGGAGGAAUCUAUAUAGGUCCCAGGCAUUGAUAGAUAACUCCCUAGAAGUAAGAGAGAACUUGAUAUGGUUUAGGUAUCUAAGGCGUAUGUGAAUGUCUCGUGAAAUGUGCUACUUUAACCCUAAGUCGCAGCUAUUUAAAAGGAAGUGUAUAUUUAAGAAAUUUUAAAC